AUGUCCGUCCGCUACGCUCCCCUCGCCAACCCGCGCUCAGCGCCGGACGCAGAGCGUGAAAUGCAGGACGCCUUCGACCUUGAUGAUGAGCACGACGACCAAGAGGGACAUGGGGCACAUGAGUCCACUCCACUCACCAACGUCCGCUCGAGCCAGCCAGAGUCGUCGUCGAACACAGAGACGACUGCCAUCCCCGGGACGUACGACUUCGAACGCGAGUACGACUUUCCGCCACCUGGGUCACCGCCGAGUCCGUCGGCCAGGGCACUCCCAAACGACUACGGCAACACGAACGGUUUCUUGCCCACAUCGCCUGUGGAUAAGCCAAAACCCAAACGCAGUUUCUUCAGCAGAGUAAUGGGCGCUGUUCUUCCCUCUAGAUACCACCGUGUGCCCACCGAACAUAUAACGCACCCCACUGGAGGGGGGAUCGAGAAUGAUGGCGUGUUUGCCAACGUUACUGCCAAGCCUCAGCCCGCCAGGGUUAUACAGGGAGAGGAUGGAGACAUUCACGUCGUGCCAGAGGAUACUCAGAAGGAGACACCUCCUUCUUAUCUCGAAGCACAGGCAGACGCAGUGCCGCCAUAUUGGGAAACCACGAUUCAUGCACCAGCAACUGUGGAUCCCAACGCAGACUUGAUCAUCGACGACCUCCCGACGGGGUCGUUCUUGAUUUUCUGUCUAAACACCUUUAUCUCGUUCUUCUUCCAAUUCGUCGGCUUCCUCCUCACGUAUCUCCUCCACACCUCCCAUGCCGCCAAAUUCGGCUCACGCGCCGGUCUUGGGCUGACGCUCAUUCAAUACGGAUUCUACUCGCGGACGAUGAGCUUGGCUGACGACACCCAGGGUGACGGCUCGUCGGGACAAGGUUCUGACGCCAACUGGCCAGGGUUCCCUAGCCCAACAGGAAGUUCUGAUGGAUCAACGCUACCAGAGCCACCGCAACCAUCCAGUGGCCAGAAUCCAGGUCAAGGAGAGAUGAUGAUGUCCACGACAUCUCGGGAUUGGCUAUCGUUCUUGUUCAUGACUCUGGGGUGGUUCCUUCUGCUUUCUUCUGUGAUUGGCUAUUGGAGGGUCAAGCGUUGGGAACAAUCUGUUCGCCCUCCACCGCCGCCACCAACAGCUGAAGAGUUGCAGAGGGAUCGCGAUGUCAGGAGACGCCUCGAAGAGGCUUUCGGAAUCCCUUUCGGAGAUCCACCUUCCCCCACCGUGCAAAGCCAGGCGGAGGAUGCUAGGUUGACGAGAGACCUAAGGGCUGCAGGACUGUUGUGA